AGGGACCGGAAGUCUCUCAGAGCUUUAAAGUGUAAGAAUAUGUUUGAUGUGAUCUUCUAUGGUCAUGUUUGUCACUGACACACAACAGAGUGCCCGCUGAUCAGCUGCGCGGUGAUCAGCUGCUCAUCGAUCACAGGUUUCGGGUGUUGUGAUUACUGGGACCUCCAUGAUGCUGUCUCUGCUCCAUUUUCUGCCUCUGUGGUCACACAUCGAUCCGCCCUGCGUUGGUUAUUCCUCAUGUUUUUGUUUCGUCGAAGAUACACGCCCUCUGGCGGCCUCUGGCAGCCUCACCACGCUCUGACAUAAUCAGCCAAUCAGAGACGAAGUUUUGCCACGUCCCGUUUGAUUGACAGGGGUGUCGGCGAAUAGCGGUGCGCCUACGCCGUUGGCCUGUGUUGCGGGAGGGCGGGGCUCCGCUCCGCUCGGCAGCACAGCGGAAGAAAAUGGCGGCCGUGGCUGCAGAGCCAGGAGCUGCGGCGGUUCCGACAACAGCCACCGACGAGGGCCCACCAGAGCCGGGCCCGGCGGGAGCCCGAUCGGAGUGCGAGGGACCGCGGGAGCCUGGGCCGGCAUUGGACCUGGCCGCGAUGCGGGCGGAGGACGGAGGGGAUGCGGAGGGCCGCCAUGUCAGGCCGGAGCUGGAGCCCGCGGCGGGAAACGCGCCUGCGGAGAGCGACGAAGCGAGCGGCUCCGGGCCGCCGGAGCGGGUCAACGCGGACCGCUUCUCCCCCGGACUGCCUGUGGACCCUGAGGGCGGCGGAGACGUGUCUGCGCAGGAGGCGUACCGUGGCCCGGACCCGCAGCCCUCCGCUGUGUUCUUGCACUCAUUCCCGGCCGCGCCACCCGUCACCGAGGCCGGCCUAUCUCUGGCCGAACCUGCCGAACCCACCACCAACGAGACCACGGACCGAGCCGAGACCGCGGGCCGGGAGCGGGGCUACACGAGCCUGGAGCAGGCGGAGCGGAGGCCCGCGGCGGACACUGUGCUGGACGGGACGGCGGACGGUCCGGACCCGGACCCAGCGGGGCCCGAGGAGCCGGCUGCCAGAGGCCCGAGGGAUUCCUCCCCGCCCUGCCGCUCACCGAAACGGCGGCUGCUGACCGAGCCUGCCGCCGAGAAUCGAGCCGGAGCCGCCUCUGUGUUGGACCUCAGUCCCGGGUCCGAGGUUCGGGUCUGCCUGGACCACGUCAUCGAUGACGCGCUGGUGGUGUCUUUCCGGCUGGGAGAGAAGGUGUUCUCCGGGGUCCUGAUGGACGUUUCAAAAAGGUUCGGUCCGUACGGGAUUCCCAUCACCGUGUUCCCACGCCGGGACGACCGGAGUCGACCUCCCACGUCUGUCCAGCAGCCGCUGCCGGUUAGCGACGACUUCCCGCCCACCAAAAAGGAAGAGAACGCUGCUCCGCUCCCUCCUCAGGACUGCACCUCUAAACCGCCACCGCUGUUUCAGGAGGCGCCGUACCCGCCUCCUUUGUUCAUCAGGGACACCUACAACCAGGCCUUACCUCAGCCGCCGCCGCGCAAGAUUAAACGGCCGAAGAGGCGCUACCGCUGCGAAGAGCCCACUUCCAUCAUGAACGCCAUCAAGCUCCGCCCCCGACAGGUACUCUGCGACAAAUGCAAAGGGGUGGUGGCGUCAGGUGGGCACCGGGAGACACGGCGGGGGCCGGUGGACCUGAGGAGCGACGAGACUUCGCGGCGGCGGAAGGCGGCAGAGGGACCGAUCUCUGCUGAGGUAAAGCGUCUGAGGAGCGACGACAAAGGACGGCCCCCGGCCACCGACCGGCGCUCGUCAUCAGGGAUACGUGUGUCAUCUUCGUCGCCAUCCUCUUCCCGCCGCGUUUUGAGGGGAGUGGCCUCAUCCUCAUCCUCAGCGACCUCGAGCUGCAUGCGCCUGAAGCUGAACUCUAAGAAGGUUCUGACCAAAGGGUCAGCUGACCGCUCCAAGGCGCGGCAGGUGCUCAAGACGCUGGUGAGGAGCUCGCAAACGCCGCCACCACAGCGCCGGCCCAAAGACCAGGACCAGGUCCGCCCCAAGGCUGUGACCCGAGCCGCCACCCUGCAGAACCACAACCAGAAGGUCCACUUCACCCGCCGCCUGCAGCACCUCAGCGCUGCCGCCAGCACACCGCUUCCGCCCAGAAUGCGCCUCAAACCCCAAAGGUAUCGUACUGACGACAGCCAGGCACAGAGCUCCUCCUCCUCCUCGUCCCCGCCCAAACACAGCGCUCGCUCAUCACCUCCCAAACCAGAACUAAGCCCCGCCUCAACACCCAACCCACCCACAGCCCUGCCCCCACUUCAAGUAACUGCUCCUCCCCCAACGCCAUCCUGUAUGGAAAGCGUUGCCGUGGAGAUGCAGGUGGCGUCUGAGGGGAGAGUAGGAGGUCCUCCCUCCUCCUCCUCUCUAGACUCCACCCCCUCAGAGUGUAGCUCCACAGACAAUUUUGAACUCCCCCCACCCGGAGACCCUCCCUCUUCGUCUUCUCCCCCCCAUAACUCCCCCUCCUCAGCUCCACGGUGCCCCCCUCCUCUCCGCCCGCCGGCCCUCCCCUCAGAGCUGAUGGCGAGGAAGUGCAGUGUGGCGUUGGGGAGGAGGGCAACGACCUGAAGAGGCGCCGUAA